AACCAAUCGUAUGUCGCGAAAUCUCUAACUGUGAUAUUUUGAACCAGCGUCAACUUCAGUUGCUCUUGAGUCAAGACGAGCGGAAAGUAGUAAAGUAACGUACCAGUUGUUGACGGAUUUUUGUUAAAUGAAAAAAAUUACACGACCCAGGCACAAGGAAUUGAAUAAUAAAUAUUAAGAACUUUUUGGGGAACUCUUGACUGUCCCCUUACGUAUUACUGAAAAUGGCUCCAACCAAAGUGUUAAAUGGCCAAAACAAACAGAAUGCCACUGGCAUAGUAAUACGUAAAGGAAUCACAACUAGAAGUCACAAUUCAAUAGCUAAUACUAAGCACCUGACAGUUGCAAAAGACCCAAGGAUCAAACGCAAAGCAGAUGCCUCUCCCUUGAAAGAAAAGACAACAAAAAGAUCAGCAUUAGGAAAUAUCACCAAUGCCAUCGGCAAGUCCUUAGGCGCACAAGUCCAUGAUGUUAAAAAGAUCACAAAGAAAGCAGCGACCCAAAACAAGCCAUCCACGACUUCCCUACAGUCCCUAGGAAAGAUUUUAGCUAAGCCAGACAAUGUUGUGCCAAUCAAGCCGAAACCACCUGCACGUGUACCUGCCAAAAAAAAGGAAGAUGAUAAAGUAGAAGUCCCAGCUAAAAUAGCAAAUGCAAGGCGCAGUUUAGAUCUGGAAAAGUCUGAAGAUAGUUCGCUGUAUGUGAGUGCUUUAGAAGACGCUGACGAGAGUUUGAAAAAAUCAACACAGAGUAAUUCUAGGGUUGAUGCCAAAGAUGGUACUGCAAAAGAGCCGGAAGAGAAGGUGCAGGCUUCACCUGAUCCAAAAAUACCUACUCUUUCGAUUGCAACUCGCCUAGAUGCUCCGCCUACUAACAAAUUACCCACUGGUGUACAGUGGGAUUUUGAUGCUGAAAAUUGGACUGAUCCUUACCAAGUUUCUUAUUAUGCAAUGGACACGUUUAAUUACCUCAAAAGCCGGGAGCCAUUGUUCCUGAUUGGCGAUUAUAUGGAAAGACAAGUUUGUUUAUCUCGAUGGAUGAGAUCUUUACUUGUCGAUUGGAUGGUUGAGGUCCAAGAAUCCUUUGAAUUAAACCACGAGACUUUGUAUCUAGCUGUUAAAUUAGUAGACUUGUACCUCACUAAAGUGACGGUUGGAAAAGAAACGCUCCAACUUUUAGGUGCAGCAAGUUUAUUCAUCGCAAGCAAAUUUGACGAAAGAAUUCCGCCUAUGGUCGACGACUUUUUGUACAUCUGUGAUGGUGCAUACACACGUCGGGAACUAACUAGGAUGGAAAUUAACGUUUUGAAAAUUAUCGACUUCGACCUAGGCAUUCCACUUUCUUACAGGUUCCUCAGAAGAUACGCCAGGUGUGCCAAAGUUUCUAUGCCAACUCUAACCCUGGCUCGUUACAUCUUGGAGUAUUCGUUAAUGGAUUACGCAACAAUAAUGUACAGCGAUAGUAAAAUGGCAGCCGCUGCUCUAUUCAUUGCUUUGCAAAUGAAGGAUCUAGGUGGCUGGAAUGCAACCUUAGAAUACUAUACGGGACUCAAACUUGAGGAGAUUAAAGAAAUCGUGCUGGCGCUAAAUCAGGGAUUACACCGAAAACCUAAAGAAGCAUUAGCAACAGUUCGCAACAAAUACAGUCAUAAGAUAUUUUUCGAAGUCGCAAAAGUGCCACUGAAAGAAGUAUUAGAUAUAUAGUUAGACUUGUAAGUACCGUAUUAUUAGUAGUUAGAUACGGGGCUUGACUGGUUUUUUUUAAAUAAAAUAAACCUAACUGAAAUACCAACCUUACAAUUUUGGUUAGGAUUCCAAAAGUUUUUCAAACCUGAACAUUAAAAAUCUAACUGUACCCCGUUUAAAGCAAGAGAAAAGAAUUGAAACUGAAAAACUUUAAGUAUUACUACCUAGCUACGACCUUUUUUCUUCCAAUUUUUUUUUCGUAUAUUUUACAUUUUAACUCUAGAAAUAUUUGACGCAGAAACUUGAAACUAGUUUUUACAAUUUAUAUGCACAUUUUUAUCAAAGUAGAAGCCGAGUUUGUACCAAUGUACACUAAGUAUUACCCUUUUAUUCCCAAACUAUUUGUACAUGACUAAUUUUUCAAUGAUACUUUACAGUCUCAGAAUUUAUGAAUUAUUUUAGUUUUCUUUUUUUUUUUUUUUUUGUCCCUCUUGUUUCAAAAAUUUAUUUUAGCGCCACACGCUUUUACUCAGAACUAAUGACUCAUUUCUGACGGUUAGAAUAAUUUUUUUCACUUUAAUAUCGGUCUUAUUACGCUAUCAUAUAUAUUCCGAUUAAUUUUAUAUUUUUUUCUACAUUUAUAUUUUAAUAUAUUAGAUAAAUGAUAAUUAUUAUUAUUAAGAAUAAUAAAGGUAGCGUUAUCGUUCGCAGCGCAUCUAAAUAAUAAAGUUAGAAUUAUCGGAACAAGGUUGAAAAUGCAGAAAAUUUUCAUGUGUGGCGCAUUGUUAUGGAAUUUCGUUCCACUGGUAUGAUGGUGAGACUGACAGACUGAUGCGAUGGUAAAAAUGAUACCACCAGGGUAGAAGGUAAAUUUUGAAGAUUUUUACGGAAAUUAGCUCUAAUCCUCUUGUGCCUUGUGCUUAUUGGAUUGCUCGGGGCGUAAUGAAAUUCGACCACAAAAAAGAGUUGAAUAAACAAAAUAUAACCAA